AUGUCUGCUUCAGAGCUUCCAAGGAUACCAACCGAGGACCUCGCAUCGUGGGUCUUUAAUGGACCGCAAUAUGAUCGAGACAAGCCGAUUCUAAUAGAUCCCGCCAAUCCUUCGAGAUCCAUCUCAUACAAUCACGCCAGGGAGACUGUCGGAAAGAUUGCGACCGGAUUGAGAAGAGCUGGGUUGAAGAUUGGCGAUUGCGUACUCGUCAACUCAGGAAAUGACAUCUACUACCCAGUUCUCUUACUCGGCGUCAUUGCAGCAGGAGGCAUAUUCGCCGGUACAAACCCAGGUUACAAGCACAUAGAACUCACGCAUCACAUCAAAAUAUCCAAAGCGAAGUUCCUCAUUUCAGGCCCCGAGCCGCUGAGCGAAUCGCUGGCUGCGGCAGACGCAAUAGGGCUUCCUAGAGAGAGAACAUGGGUGUUCGACACGUUUGAAGAGGAUUUCUCGGCUCCCAAAGAUGUUCGAUCGUGGAAGACGCUUUUGCAGCCGGGCGAGUCGAGUGGGGAUUGGUAUAGGUUCGACGAUCUGGAGACUUCCAGAGAAACUACUGCGGCGAUACAGUUCAGCAGUGGCACCACGGGGCUCCCUAAGGCUGCUAUGCUGAGCCAUUACAAUCUUGUUGCGCAGCAUACGCUUGUGUAUGAAACGAAUCCGCGCCCUUAUGCGAUUUCACGACUUAUCCCUCUCCCACUUUUUCAUAUCGGCUGCGGACCGGUAUCAAAUACCAGCGCCCUCCGAGCAGGCGUUCCCACAUACAUCAUGCGCCGAUUCGAAGUAACCAAAUACUUCCACUACGUUCAAAAGUACCAAAUAACGGACUUGAUGGUAGUGCCACCCAUCGUCGUUGCGCUCAUCAAGAGCCCCCUCCUGGACGAUCCUCAAUACAUGAAGAGCGUCAAAUUCGGGCUUUCUGGUGCCGCGCCCCUCAAUGUAGUCACGCAGUUGGAACUUCGCAAAAAGCUUCCAGGUGUAGCUUUUACGCAGAUCUUUGGCAUGACGGAGACGACUUGCCUUGCAAUGAUUACACCGUAUGGAGAGGAUGAUGAUACCGGUUCAGUGGGGAGACCUAUUCCGGGUCUUGAAGUGAAACUCGUCGAUGACGAUGGCACUCAUAUUACCAAACCCAAUACACGCGGAGAAAUCUGGCUUCGCGGCCCAACCAUCUUCAACGGCUAUUUCGAGAACGACCAAGCCAACGCAGAGUCCUUCGAUGACGAAGGAUGGUUCAAAACCGGCGACGUGGCAUAUUUUACCGAGGACAACAAAUACUACGUCGUGGACAGGAAAAAGGAAUUGAUCAAGGUACGCGGGUUCCAGGUAGCGCCUCCGGAACUAGAAGCUGUGCUCCUCUCACAUCCCGAGGUCAUCGAUGCAGCGGUUAUUGGAGUGCGGUAUCCCGGGGUCGAGGAUGAGCAUCCGAUGGCGUAUGUCGUUGCGAGAAAUAAGGCCAAUCCACCAGAGCCAGAGGUGCUCAAGGCUUUCCUCGCUGAGAGGUUAAUCAAGUACAAGUGGCUUACGGGAGGGGUGAAGAUUGUUGAUGCAAUUCCCAAGACUCCUUCGGGGAAGAUUUUGAAGAAGGUCUUGAGACAGAAAGCAUCGGCACUUGUGGGAAAUGCGAAUAAAUCCAAGCUUUAA